AUGACAUCACUGUCCGUCCAGGGCACGACGCUCGAAGAUGUUUUCCGCCAGAAGCUCGGUUAUCCGUUAUGGUCUGCUACUCCAGUUGACAAAGACCCCGAGGCAAUCAUCUCCGCGCAUCUAGCAUUCCUGCGCGCGGGGGUGGAUGUCAUCACCACAUCCACGUAUCAAGCAGCAUAUCGCACGUACGAGAUAGCAGGAUACUCGCGCGAAGACGCGAAACGCCUCAUGCUUGAAGCAGUCAAAUUAGCAAUCGAGGCCAAGCGGCGGUACCUCCAGGAGAUAGGACAAAACGGUGGGACCGACGCGGAGCCAUCGCGGAGGGUGAAGAUUGCUCUAUCCCUGGGUCCGUAUGGAGGCACUCUCUCUCCGGCACAAGAGUUCAACGGAUUCUAUCCUCCGCCUUUCGGACCAGCUUCUUCGGGCGCCUUCGAGUCGAACGUAUUCAGCGACACCGAGGAAGGGCUAAAGCAGCUGAGCAUGGCGAUAGAAGCCCUGGAAGAGUUCCACUACGAACGGCUGGAAGUAUUCGCCGAAAACAGGGAGGUGUGGGAUGAGAUAGAUUUCGUCGCCUUCGAGACGGUACCCCUACGCAGGGAGAUCACAGGAAUAAGGCGAGCGGUAGCCAAACUACAGAAGACGAAAGGGCUGGAGCAAGUGGCACGAUCCGGCGCGUCUGAAGUGAACACGAUGAAGCGAUGGUGGAUCAGCACCGUAUACCCCGACGGACGUUAUCCAGAAAUGAAACCUGGGGGAGGACAGGCGACCGUUGCCGAGGUCGCGGAAGCUGCCUUGCUCGGUGAGGACGAGCGGCUAAGUGUCCCGUGGGGGUUCGGAAUCAACUGCACCAGUCCAGAAUUUCUACCGCCGCUGCUACAGGAGGCACGAGACGUGGCGAGGCGGUCCUGGGAGUUGCACGGAGUGAAACCAUGGCUGGUUUUGUAUCCGAACGGCGGCGACGUUUACAACCCAGAGACGCAUUCUUGGCUGGGGCAGAGGGAGGGCGUGUCUGGAUGGGCGACGCACCUAUGCGCUGCGGUGAUGGACAACGCUCGGGACGGAGUAUGGGGAGGAAUCGCUGUAGGAGGAUGCUGCAAGACUGGACCUGACGAGAUAUCAGAGCUGAGGAACGAGUUGCGCAACCAAUUCGAGUAGCAGCAUAAGAAUGUAUCAGUUUGC